ACAUUCAGUACAGAGGCCAGAGUGCCAUCGAAGGUAAUUAUAGGGACAGUAAAGUUCUUAUACGCCAGCAAAAACGCUGGGUGUUUCAGGGAAUUUCAGAACCUGAUUUCAAAAGGAUCAUACAGGGAGGAAAUAAAGUUUAGCAUGGUGGACUCCUCUACAGCAUAUAUUUGUCAAUGGAAUGUUUCCACAUAUCUUACCACCAAUAUGAGAAAAAAAUGAUUAUUGUUGCUGAGAAGCUUGCGAGGAUUUGACCCACUGGCUCCUGACCUGGACCCAAGCUGCAUCUCUCCUUCGCUCAGCAGUUCCAGCUCAUCCUCUAGGUUCCAGCCCAGCUGCCACUUCACCUCAAUGCCUUCUCCCACCACCUCCAGAUAAAGCCUGGGCUGACUAAACUCUACCUGAAUUUUAAAGUCAAAGUUACAGUGACCAGAGUGGGGAAAGUCAGAAAAAUGAGCAGGCGGAAGUGUUGGAUUUGUAAGGUGUGCAGAGAUGAAUCUAAGAGACCCCCUUCAAACCUUACUCUGGAAGAGGUAUUACAGUGGGCCCAGUCUUUUGAAACAUUGAUGGCUACAAAAUAUGGUCCGGUGGUCUAUGCAGCAUACUUAAAAACAGAGCACAGUGAUGAGAAUAUUAAAUUCUGGAUGGCAUGUGAAACCUAUAAGAAAACUGCCUCACAGUGGAGCAGAACUUCCAGAGCAAAGAAGCUUUAUAAGGUUUACAUCCAGCCACAGUCCCCUAGAGAGAUUAACAUUGACAGUUCAACAAGAGAAGCUAUCAUCAAAAAUAUUCAAGAACCCACUCAAACAUGUUUUGAAGAGGCUCAAAAAAUAGUGUACAUGCACAUGGAAAGGGAUUCCUAUCCCAGGUUUCUGAAGUCAGAAAUGUACCAGAAACUUCUGAAGACUAUUCAAGCCAACAACAAUUCUUGACCACCACUCAAAAGUUUAAAUUGAAGAUGGUAUACAGAAAGUGUUGGUUUUGUUCUUCUCAUAUAAAACUAAAUAAAUAAAAUCAGAAAUAGAGUAGAAAAGAAGUAGAAGAAAUCAAGCCAUAAAUUGAUUUCUGGUUCUCAAAUAGAAACGGAUGGACUGCAGAACUCUUACAACAUGAAUAAUACAAUUUAUGGCAUACCUAUGUAGCUGACUUAAUAUAUACAGAGAAGGAAGGUCUUUCUUCAUAAACAACAUAUGUAACAUAAAUAAAUAAACGUGAACAAGGGAUUUUACUGUACAAAUCAACUAAAUGAUAAAGUUUUUACUGUACAAAUCAACUAAGUGGAUUUUUUAAUUAAUGAAAUUUUGCUGUCAUAACGCACAGAUAGUUCAGUUCUUUAAAAAUUAUAGCUAUAUGAGUUGUGUCUCUAGCAUGAAUGUAUUCUUUAAAUAGAGUGCUUGUAGUAACUUUAUUAAUAACUAGUAGACAAACCUGGUACUCAGAGUAUAAUCAAUGGUAUUAUAUCAUGAGCAAUAUAAAAAGAUGUGUUCUUUAAAGAUAUUUUAAAAAUUUCCUGCUAUUAUGUGCAUAACUCUACUUCUAUAUCAUAUAGAUCUUCUACAUGUGAAAAAUUCCAAAUGAGUCUAAGCUAUUUAAAUGUAUGAAUUUCCUCAUUUAUUUCUGUACUUAUAUUGCUAUGGGGUAGGAAAUUUGGUUCCUAUAUUUUGAUAAUUUUUUUCUCACAAUGUGAAAACAUCACAAUCCUGAAAAUCAAUAAAUACAAAUAUAAACUAAAAACUUUAUAAGUAUGCUAUUUUUUUUCAAAGACAUGAUCAAGUUAUUUUUCCAGUUAAAAGACUGUUUUAUCUGCCCUGUUAUAGAAGCUUCUUAGACUCUGUCAGGAGAUUCCAGAGAAAGAACUCAUAUGUCUGUUUGACUUGCUUUGUUCAGCUCAUAGCAAAAGGAUACAUGUGCCAUAGGAAUGGAUAAACAUUCUUUACUUUUGAUCGAGAAUAAGUUCCUUAAAAUAUUUAAUACCAUUAUUCCAAAGAAUUAACUGUAGGAAAGUUUUGAUUGAGAUUUUUAGCUUUAGUAGGAAAAGUAUUUCUCAGGUCUCAAAUUUGAUUGCAAUAGCAUUUAUUUUAAAAUGCCUGUAAACCUAAGCUGUAUCACAUGAAAGUAAGGAUUAACUGGAAUCAUUCUCAUUAAACAAAGAAUUAUUAUAACAUAGAAUCAA